UUAUAAAGCCGUAGUCUAGUAAAAACCGAGGACUUAAAUAACAAGCAACUCCCUGUUUAUUGAAAACAUCGGAUUUGUCUUUGUAACUAAUGUCCAAUGUUUUAUACUUCAAACACGUUUCUCACGAACUAAAAUCCUGUCCCUUGUCUCCUUUCUUUUUCUUCAGAACCAAAUAACAAACAACAUCCACUUAUUACUGUAAUAUUCGAUCAAAUACUUACUUUCUACUGUUUUACUUCAUCGUCAUUAAUCCAACAAAUGCUUUGAUCCUAUUGGAACCGCAAGAUUCCUGUUUUCUGAGAUCCGUCAAUCAUGGCAAUAAAAGGAAAUCCAGGAGAUAACAGAAGCAGAGGCCCUGUGUCAAUAUUUGUUGUAGUUGGUAUUUGUUGUUUUUUCUAUCUUAUUGGAGUAUGGCAAAGAAGUGGUUUCGGGAAGGGAGAUAGCAUAGCUCAGCAGAUAACAAAGAAGGCAGAGGACUGCAGCAUCCUCUCCAAUCUAGAAUAUGAAACUCAUCAUGGUGAUCAAAGCGGUAUGGUUGAUGAUCCCAAACUGGAAGUCAAGCAUUUUGAACCUUGUGAUGAGCAAUAUGUUGAUUAUACACCGUGUCAUGAUCAAAUGCGAGCAAUGACAUUUCCUAGAGAAAAUAUGAACUAUAGGGAGAGACAUUGUCCUCCAGAGGAAGAGAAGAUGCAUUGUCUUAUUCCAGCCCCAAAAGGUUAUAUAACUCCUUUUCCAUGGCCAAAGAGUCGUGACUAUGUACCUUUUGCAAAUGCGCCACAUAAAAGUUUAACAGUUGAGAAGGCAGUGCAAAACUGGGUCCAAUAUGAAGGUGAUUUACUUAGAUUUCCAGGUGGCGGAACUCAGUUCCCACGCGGGGCAGAUGCGUAUAUUGACCAGCUUGCUUCUGUGAUCCCAAUGGACAAUGGUACAGUUCGAACUGCAUUGGAUACCGGAUGUGGGGUUGCUAGUUGGGGUGCAUAUCUUUUCAAGAAGAACGUUAUAGCCAUGUCAUUCGCACCAAGAGACUCACAUGAAGCUCAAGUCCAAUUUGCUUUGGAAAGAGGCGUACCAGCAGUUAUUGGUGUACUUGGAACCAUAAAAUUGCCAUUUCCAUCAAGGGCGUUUGAUAUGGCUCAUUGUUCACGUUGUUUGAUUCAAUGGGCUGCAAAUGGUGGACUGUAUAUGAUGGAAGUGGAUCGAGUUCUAAGACCAGGAGGGUAUUGGAUACUUUCAGGUCCUCCCAUCAACUGGCGGACUAAUAAUCAAGCUUGGCAACGACCUAAAGAGGAGCUGGAGGAGGAACAAAGAAUGAUUGAAGAUAUAGCUGAACUUCUCUGCUGGGAAAAGAAGUAUGAGAAAGGUGAGAUAGCUAUAUGGAGAAAACGAGUAAACUAUGAGUACUGCAGUGAACGAGAUUCUCGUGUAAAUCUAUGUGACCACUCGAAUUCAGAAAAUGUCUGGUAUAAGAAGAUGGAGGCAUGUGUAACUCUGUAUCCUGAAAUAACCAAUUCGGACGAAGUUGCUGGUGGAGAGCUCAUGCCAUUUCCGGAGAGACUUAAUGCUAUUUCUCCAAGAAUAGCAAGUGGAUCUCUUCCUGGAGUCUCUGUUGAAUCAUUCCAGGAGGACAACAAGUUGUGGAAGAAGCAUGUGAAAGCUUAUAAGAGAGUUAACAAGCUCCUUGCCACUAGGAGGUAUCACAAUAUACUAGAUAUGAAUGCUGGCCUUGGAAGUUUUGCUGCAGCACUAGAAUCAUCUAAGCUAUGGGUCAUGAAUGUUAUGCCAACUAUAGCUGAAAGGGACACUCUUGGUGUAAUAUAUGAUCGAGGCCUGAUUGGCAUAUACCAUGACUGGUGUGAAGCGUUCUCUACCUACCCUCGGGCAUUUGACCUUAUUCAUGCAAACGGGAUCUUCAGCUUAUAUAAGGACAAAUGUGAUGCUGAAGACAUUCUACUAGAGAUGGACAGGAUUCUUAGACCAGAAGGCACAGUUAUAUUCCGAGAUCAUGCAGAUAUUCUUGGCCAAGUAAAAAGAAUUGCAGCUGGUAUGAGGUGGAAAACAAAAAUGGUGGAUCAUGAGGAUGGCCCUCUUAUCCCGGAAAAAGUAUUGUUUGCUGUCAAAAGAUACUGGGUUGUUGGAGAUAACAACUCAACCGUCUUACGGUGAAUGGACAAGGCAGCUUAUUUCGCAGACAGUUAGCAAUCUGGUUCUUGGCCAGAGUUAGUAUUAUUCUUUUCCUGCGGGAGGUCAGAGUUGACAACAACAGGCAGCGAUCUCUGCUGUUUGUCAUGGUAACUUUUUUUAUUCUUCUUACUUAGUGGUUGCCGGUAAGAAAAGAUUUUAGAUCUCUUACGCCUUGUUGGUUGUUUCUUGAAGGGCUUCAUUUUGAUCUCUGUGUAGUAUUAUUAUCAUUACUAAAUUUUUUUCUUGUUUUACUUUGCUAUAUACCAUGUAUUAUAACAGUUCAUAAAUUCCAGCUGAGCAGAAUGAGUUAUGGCUGGGAAUCUCUUUACUUUCUAAUGUCCUAUUCUACGAGAAUAUCUAACGGAUUGUGAUCUUCAGUGAAACAGUUUAUUACAGAACUAGACGUGGGCCAAAACACAGCGUCUAGGAAAACACAGAAAUCAGCUGAUUACAAAAUGGAGGUUUAUCUGAAGAUGGAUUUAGUAAAUGUAAUCUCACCCUGGCAGGGUUACUGUCAUUGUUGAAACAGUUGAAAGCCAAAUGAUUUUCUGAAUAAGAUGUUACUGAAUUCUGGUAGCUUUUCAAGUCUGAGUAUUUUACUAACUGAAAGAAGUGGAACUCAAGAAAUAGCUCUAAAUAUGCAACCAUCUCUCCAUUUUAUGUUGCUGUACUUGCCAAGUACUACUUGGUAAUCCAACUAGUUAUGUACCCGACCAGAUUUCCACAAAUCAGUCUGUAAAAUUGAAAAGCAUCAAAAUUCAUUAUGGUGUGGAUCGUGUUAUCUUGAGACCCUAUUGGAGGCUCACUUGGAUGA